AUGGAUACAGUCGAUAAAGAAAUCUUAAAAAUGAUUUUGCUAGAAGAAGAAGAAGAUGAUGAGAUCUUGAGCUGGUAUUUGUCGGAAGAAAAAAGAAAGCAGCAUGAUCCAUUAUUUACAAAGAGGAGUACCGAAGGUUAUCACGAAAUACUUAUCAACGGUCAUCUGAAAAAUAAUGAAAUCAAGUUCAGGGAAUUUUUUAGAUUAAACCGUCAUCAGUUCGAUUUUAUUUUGAAUCUAAUAAGGGACGAUUUAACAUUAAAUCCAACAUUUUUUAUAAGGAAACCCAUAUCACCAGAAUAA